GCACGGAGGCUAUAGCGAAUUAACUGGGACGAGUCUGCCAUUAUAAAAGUAUUGCAAGAAAGAAAAAAUAUGAGUUACUUUGUGCUACAUAACGGAGAAAAAAACCAAUACCAAAAUCUGAGUGACACUCAUUCCUACCACAAUGGGAAGUUGCGGUCCGUUCUUAAUUCAACUGUGGUUGGAUUGUGUAUUGUUCUUUUGCUCAUGUCUUUGUGGAAUUUGAGCCAAGAGCAAUUGCCUAAUACGCGUAUUAUAAUCUUGAGAUCAAGUAAGACUCCAUUGCGCAGAACUUCCCACAAAUUUGUAUCCUUUGGAUUGGAUACUUCUUUGCUUCGAAAUAUGAAUAAAAUGCCUAUAAAAGAUGACCGAUUUAUUAAUCUUGCUCGACACUUAAGUCCUGCUUAUGUCAGGGUUGGAGGAACCUCUGCUGAUUGUCUCUUCUUUAACAAGAUCUUACCGAUGCAUUCUGUGAAACCAACGAGUCCCGUAGAUGGAAAUGACAUUAGUAAUUUUACGAUCACUAAUAAAGAUUUUAUGUCGGUUUACGAAUUUGCAAAUAAUACUGGAUUAAGAAUGAUCUUUGAUUUGAACGCUUUGAUUAGAAAUCCUGAUGGUUCAUGGAAUUAUACUAAUGCUAAAGAAAUUAUCCUCUUUGCUAAAGGUCAUGAAAUGUCAAUGGAUUGGCAAUUAGGAAAUGAACCUAAUUCCUUCCACCACGUAUUCGAUGUACAAAUCUUACCACAACAGUUGGCAAUGGAUUACAUUGUAUUACGAGGAUUGUUAGAUUCGUUAGGAUAUGCAAGCAGCAUUCUCAUAGGGCCGGAAGUAAAUCAUGUUGGUGAUGAAAACCACAAAGGAGAGGAUUACGCUAGAAUUUUUUUGGAAAACAACAAUAACAGUGUGGAUCAUGUUACUUGGCACCAAUACUAUUUAAAUGGUCGUGAAGCAAAAGUCGAAGAUUUCAUAAACCCUGCCACAUUUAAUUAUCUGCCAGGACAAAUCAAAUCAAUGAGACAAGCGAUUAAUGCAUCAGGACAAAAAAUUAACAUGUGGCUAUCGGAAACCAGCACAGCAUAUGGUGGUGGUGCACCAGGGUUAUCAGACAGAUUUGUGGCCGGUUUCCUUUGGCUGGAUAAGCUAGGAUAUAGCGCUAAAUCUGGUGUGUAUAGCGUAACAAGACAAUCAUUAUUUGGUGGAAAUUAUUCUAUGGUAGGACCGGAUCUCGAUCCGAAUCCUGAUUGGUGGGUUACCGUGAUGUUCCAACAUUUCGUCUCUGAGAUAGUUUUGGAGAUAGUAUCACCGGACCCAGAACUGUUAAGACUAUACGUACAUUGCACUCCUCAGAAAGCCUUGCUCAACAGAGUUCCAGCAAUUACUGUAUAUGGAAUAAAUUUAAACAAGGUUCAAACCAAUAUUUGGUUUCAAGGCCUCGAUCGAAAUGUCAAAAUAUUCUUGUAUGCUUUGACCUCUGAACAACUAACAUCCAGGAAAAUACAACUUAAUGAAGAAAUAUUGAUGCUGCAAUCUAAUGGAGACUUACCACCCUUCAGACCGAUAAUAUUUAAUGCAAAUCAGAAUAUUCCUCUUGCACCGUACUCGAUGAAUUUCUUAGUGCUCCAUGGCGUAGAUUUUCCAGCAUGCUCGCGUUAGUCAACGAGUUAUAUUAAUGAAGCGCAACAUAUAAUUUAUUGCAUACACUUAUUUCGUAUACCGUAAUAAAGGUCUGUGUGUAUUUUGAUAAAAAGAACGGCAUUUACA